GUGUGGAAAUGGCAGCAGAAAUCGAAAGUUUAGAGAAGUUGUUGGGAGACAAACUGCCAGCUUCAGAGCUGAAAGAGGUCAAGAGAAUUUUGUAUGGCAAAGAGCUGAGAGAGCUCAAACUUCCUGAGGAGCUGGUGUUGGAUGCUGAAGGGAAGAAUGUGGAUCUUGCAGGCUAUGUCUUUGAGGCAGCCCCGGAGGAGACCAGGUCACCAAGGGUGGUGCGAAUUGGUGCCAUUCAGAAUAAGAUUGUGCUACCUACAACUGCAUCAAUAAUUGAGCAGCGUUCAGCUCUUCAUGCCAAUGUGGGUGAUAUGAUCAGAAUGGCCGGGGAGUCCGGGGUGAACAUCGUCUGCCUGCAGGAAGCCUGGAAUAUGCCUUUUGCUUUUUGCACAAGGGAGAAACUGCCUUGGACACAAUUUGCAGAGUCAGCAGAAAGAGGACCAUCUACAGCCUUUUUGUCCGAGCUUGCAAAGAGGUACAACAUGGUGAUUAUCUCCCCUAUUUUGGAGCGAGAUGAAGACAUUGACGAUGUUAUCUGGAACACAGCAGUGGUAAUAUCAAACAGUGGCAGUGUGAUUGGGAAGACAAGAAAAAACCACAUUCCACGAGUGGGCGAUUUCAAUGAGGCCACCUAUUAUAUGGAGGGUAAUACAGGACACCCUGUAUUUCAGACCCAGUUUGGUAAAAUUGGAGUGAACAUCUGCUAUGGCCGGCAUCACCCCCUUAACUGGCUUAUGUUCGGGAUUAAUGGGGCGGAGAUUGUGUUCAACCCCUCAGCCACAGUGGGGGCACUCAGUGAACCCAUGUGGCCUGUAGAAGCCCGAUGUGCUGCCAUUGCCAAUUCCUACUUCUCUGUGGCCAUUAAUAGAGUUGGAACUGAGGUGUUUCCUAAUGAAUUCACUUCCGGAGAUGGCAAACCUAGUCACAAAGAUUUUGGACAUUUCUAUGGAUCGAGCUAUGUCGCCGCUCCAGAUGGAAGUCGCAGUCCGGGUUUGUCGCGGGUCAGGGAUGGCUUGCUGAUUGCAGAGGUUGACCUUAACCUCUGUAGACAGGUCAAGGACAAAUGGGGAUUUCAGAUGACUCGCAGACUUCCCCUCUAUGCUGAAUCGCUGACAAAAGCGGCGCAGCUGGAUUAUCAGCCACAACUUGUCAAGGAGAAUUAGAACCCAGAAUGAUGGAGACCAUGUUGUUGAUGGAGACCAUGUUGUUGAUGGAGACCAUGUUGUUGAUGGAGACCAUGUUGUCGAUGGAGACCAUAUUGUCG